AUGGCUGCCCUUCGCACGACCUCGCGCCUGUUCGCUUCCUCGAAGCCGCUGUUCCGCCCAGCCGCCUUCACUCGCUCCUAUGCGACCGUUGACGCCCUUUCCCAGGACCCCAACCCCUCGGAGCAGCCCCGGGUCAAGACUUUCCAUGUCUACCGCUGGAACCCCGAUCAGCCCACCGAGAAGCCCAAGAUGCAGUCUUACUCCCUGGAUCUGAACAAGACCGGUCCCAUGAUGCUGGACGCCCUGAUCCGCAUCAAGAACGAGAUGGACCCCACCCUGACUUUCCGGAGAAGUUGCAGAGAGGGUAUCUGUGGAAGUUGCGCGAUGAACAUUGACGGUGUCAACACCCUGGCUUGCCUGUGCCGUAUCCCCACCGAUACCGCCAAGGAGUCUCGCAUCUACCCUCUGCCUCACACCUACGUCGUCAAGGACUUGGUCCCCGAUUUGACCUACUUCUACAAGCAGUACAAGUCGAUCAAGCCUUACCUGCAGCGCGACACCCCGACCGCGGAUGGUCUCGAGAACCGCCAGAGCCCCGAGGAGCGUAAGAAGCUGGACGGUCUGUACGAGUGCAUUCUGUGCGCUUGCUGCUCUACCUCCUGCCCCUCGUACUGGUGGAACAGCGAGGAGUACCUUGGACCCGCCAUCCUCCUCCAGUCCUACCGUUGGUUGGCCGAUUCCCGUGACGAGAAGACCGCCGAGCGUAAGGCCGCUCUCGACAACAGCAUGAGCGUGUACCGUUGCCACACCAUUCUCAACUGCUCGCGGACUUGCCCCAAGGGCCUGAACCCCGCACGGGCCAUUGCGGAGAUCAAGAAGAUGAUGACUGCUCAUUAG